AACGGAAGUAGAGAAAUGAAUUUUCGUCCCAAAUGUUUGAUGUUGCACAUUACUAGACAAAAACAUGAAAUACAGCAAUCUGUCGGAAGUCACUCCCCAUCGUCUUUUUUUUUGUCUGAGCUACCGUUGAGGUGACAGGACACACGCGAUUGUCAACGGUCAAGGCCAUCACCAUCAUGUCUAAGAAAAAGUUGGAGACGUACUUGGACCGGGAUGUUGGCAGAUACAACAAGGAGCUGCUCAAAAUGGCCAGGCAGAUGCAGAACAAGAGUCCGCCUCUGCCCAGUGCUGUUAGACUGGCUGACGAAAUCCAGGCCACACUCGACAAAGAACACUUGGGAGAUAUAUUUAACAGAUCGGUGAAGGAGUCCAUGAAGUCUCGCUGGAAGGUGGUGGAGGAGGGCGAGGCCAACUUCCUGGAGGACGUGGUGGGCAUGAACAGCCAGCUGGUGGACAAGGCGAGGAAAGACGAGCAGCAGUUUAUCCAGAUUAUACAGACCAGAGCAGCUAACCUGAAGCUAGCUUCAAAGUCUGAAGAGAUGGCCGGCCUGUGCAUGCAUCUGGAGUGCUAUCGCGCCCAACUUGAAAAAAGAGAAGAGUUCUACCGUCCCUUGAGCCUCUUCAUGAAGCAGUGCGCCGAUAUCAUGGGUUUCCAUCGUUCCGAGACAAUAGUGGACAGGCAUAUCACCCUGUGCUGUAUUCGACAGGAGCUGCUGAAAGACUUCGAGGAAAAGGCGACAGUGCUGAAUGCGCUGCAUGACAGACUGCAGAAGAUACAAGGGGAUGAAAGGAGACAACAAAUGUUGUUCAAUAUCAAGAUUGGGACCCUGCAGGACACUUUAAAAGAGAAACAUAAUGAGGUGCUUAGGUUGGAAAAUGAACUGAAUGACAUGCUCAAUGCGGCCACCAACACGUCGAUCGCCCUCUUCCGAGCUCGCAACGGCGUCUACCAUCUUUACGAGAACAUCAUGAAUUAUCGAGGAUUGGAAAAGACAGACACCAGUACACACUCACAACUUGCUACAAUAGAGCGUCAAAUCAUGCACACUGUCGAAGUUCUCCAGGACAUGAACAAGGAACAAAUGCUCCAAGCGACUGAGAAGAAAGACAAGAAGGGACGAAAUGGGGAAGGAGAAGAAAGAAAAGACUCCAAGGUUUCCUCUGACAGCAACGACCAGACGUCCUUGUCGAUCCAUACUCCAAAAAAAGCACAAAAACACCCACCAGAACACACGCGCAGUGCAGGGCCCAAGUCAAGGAAGGAUAAACUGCAAAAAUCUAUGACCGCAGAAAACAAAAGUCAGAACCGACGUUUUUGCUACCACCAGAAUAAAUCGUUGUCAGAUACUGUCCCCGUUUCGGGAAUGACAAACAGCUCAAAACUACCCGGGAGUCGUCUGAAGUCUAUUGGGAUGCCAUCAGCGGGAACACUGGGGCGUGACAGCAAGCAGUUUCACAACAGUCAAUGGGCUGAGGACGAUGAUGAUGACGACGACGACAACGACAACGUUGAAUACCGCAAUAAUAAACAGACGUGCAUGAACGGUAUUGCAAACUGUGACAUCGAACGCGAAACUGGCAGACAGAGGAGAAGGGAUAACUGGACUGGACCUUGUAAAUAUGGUGACAAGACCAGUUCUGACAACAGGAGAGGACUUUGCUCGUUUGACUCAAGAAAUGUUCCACUCACUAGUUCGAUGCAAGAAUACGACCGACUACCACACAUUGGCGCUUCAUUGCCUAUUACGUCACUUCCUGCAAGUCAAUCUGCGCAUGCGCUUGAAAGACAACCGUCUUUUAGUAGUAUCAGAGCACAUGUGGCAAUGAUAAGAAAUCUGGGUUUAGAAGAGCAGCAGAAGCAGUUCUUGCCAAGACUGGUUUAAACGUAGGUAUUAAAUUUGCCAGCACUUUUGAAGUUAUUCCUUACAAUUUUUCGAAAAGUUUUACUCUGGUGGUCAAUUACGUGACAUAUAAUGAUAUUUCUACGUCUUUCGAUUAUCUUGCUAGUUUGUUGUUUUACUUUUAUUUUAUUUGUGGAAGUUCUUAGGGGACUGUCCCCUAGCGCUACCCACUGGAGAACUGUGCAGUCCCCAAGCGCUGCUUACUCGUGAACUAUGCAGUCCCCUAGCACUGCUUUGUGCAUUAGGGAACUGCAAAGAAAAACACACACCCCAAGCAGUCGGCGAUGAAACCAACCUCGCGUCGCCUAGUGAUGUCGGCAAAGCUGGCCCCCAACGGCGUGAGACAAAAGCCCAAAGAAGGAUUGCAAUAUCUUGGAAGUAGAAACUUUUGGGCCUACAACUAGAUCUAGAUCUAAACUAUAUCUUGAUCUUAUUUAGGCCUUGAUAUUGUAGACACAGACUGCAAACUUUUUAAUAGACGAAGAGUAGACCUACCAUUUAUCUAGAUCUAGUGUAGUUUACAGUCUAUGUCAUAAGUACUGCUAGAUCUUUAUCUAGAUGUAGAAUCUAGAUCUAGAUAGAUCAACAAACCUGUCGACAUAAAUGAUAAAUUCGCCAUUUUAAAAAAACUCUGCUUGGCUCUAGAUCUAGAUUCUCCGACCAUACUAAUUAACUGAACUAGAUCUAGAUAUGUAUCAGUAGGAUCUAGAUAUGUCUGAUGAUGGCUUGUUGACCUCGAACCAAAGGUCAAAGGUUGUUUCUUUGCAGUCCCCCAGAGCACAAAGCAGCGCUAGAGGAUUGCACAGUCCCCCAGUGGGUAGCGCUAUGGGACUGUACAGUACCCUAACAAGUUCCUUUGUUGUUUUGGUUUUUUACGGUUAAAAUAACUACAAACAAUAAAAUUGAGAUAGAAAUUGGAA